AUGGGGCAGAAGUAUGGACAAUGGGGAAGGAGGAGGAGAGGAUACUGGAAGGAAGCAACAGAAAUGAGGAUGUUGAGAAGAAUCAAAGGUGUGACGCUAAGAGAAAGGGAAAGAAGUACUGACAUCAGGAGAGAAUUGGGAGUGAGUGACAUCAACGAGGUCAAGGAAAUAACAAUGAGAUGGUAUGGACAUGUGAAGAGGAGAGAAGAAGGACAUCCCGCAAAAGUGGCUAUGGAAAGUAUAGUACCAGGUAGAAGGCCGAGAGGAAGACCAAAGAAGAGAUGGAGAGAUAACGUGAAGGAGGAUAUGAGCCACUUCGGCGUACGCCCGGAAGAGGCCCUGGAAAGAAAGAUUCGGAGACGGAAGACCCAGGCGGCUGACCCUGCAAGGCGGCACCAACAGCCGUAA